AUGCGCAACAAUGUCUGUCAUUUGCCGAAUGGUCUUUCAUUCACGGUGACGCCGGUCUUUGGUGGAGUCACCUUCAAAUCCAACGAUGUGGUGUCGCACAGCUCCAAUGCGACUUUCCCUCCUGGAUGGACGAUCAUCAUUCAGACCGAGAAAAAGGAUGGCAGAUCUCCCGUAGAAGAGCGUGGACGGACAGGCUCCGAGAACGGACUGCCUCCCUCGAGCGGCAGCGAGGACGACCAUGGUCAGCGCUUCACCACCCCAACCUUGAAUCGAGACUCUCUCUAUAUCUCCUACAUUGUGAAUCCCCCGUCCAGUGAGUUCAAGCCGACGAUGUCGCCCACCCGACAGAUUGCAAUGAUGCUGUGGGCGACAAUGUGGUGGUACUUCCACGAGCCCGAGCCUGAUCUGCAUCUCGAGACGGCCGCGUCGCAGUCGACACCGCACUCUGGACGACCUCAGGGCGAAUGGCGCGUGAACAUCCGACGGGAAGGGAUCUUCAAAGGUCGCAAUCUAUUGCAGAAGCUGGAGCGGAUGGGCCUGAUCGCCAGCGAGGAUUCCUCCGUCGGUCUGCAACCCAUGGAGACGCGCGACUCCAGCGCCUGGACCAACAUGUUUGUGAGUCGGCGAAGCUUCUGGCAGAUCGACCCGCGCAUGUUCCUCUUCACGCUCACGCCUCGAGGGUCUCCUCCUUCGCCCUUGUUGACUCCGUACCAAUCGCGGCAUGGGUCACCCGCACGGGAGGGUCUCUCCGGGCCAUCGCCAGCAGAGGCCUCGUUCCACACGUCGAAUACCGGCACGUUCACUUCGGCGGGACCGUUCACGUCGGCCAGUCAUCUGCCCACGUACUAUCCCCCUGCGCCGACGCAGUAUACUUUUACCCACGGGGUGCGUCACCCGGUGCGUCCGAAACCUCCGCACCAGGGCGAAGUCUUCUAUGUGCGUCACGUCCCCAGUGUGGACCAGUACCUUUCUUUCCGAGUCCCUUUCCUGCCCAUGAGCAAAUCUACCAAUCCCACCCAGGGACCCGCGACAGGCAGUCGACCCUCCAGCCCGACGGCGAUGGUCAGUUCCGCGGUGACCAGCAUCGAGCAGCACCUCUGUACCAGUGCGCCCUCGGACCUCGACAUGCUUCAUCGGUGGAUGAACGACCCGCGAGUGGAAGCCAUGUGGAAAGAAGGUGGUGCCAAGGAGGUCCAAGAGCAAUUCCUGCUGAAGAACCUUACUAGCCGGCAUAGCUUCCCCGUCAUCGGAUGUUGGGACGGACGGCCCUUUGGGUAUUUCGAAAUUUACUGGGUCAAGGAAGACCCGCUGGGCCGACUGUUGAACCGCGUGGAGAACUAUGAUCGCGGAAUCCAUCUCCUGGUGGGAGAGCAAGAGUUCCGCGGAGCCCAUCGCGUGGCGAUCUGGUUGAGUGCACUGGUGCAUCAUUGUUUCCUGUCUGAUAUGCGCACGGAAGCGGUUUAUUUGGAACCUCGAGUGGAUAAUGUGAAGUGA